UCAUAUAAAAAGGCAUCGCAAAACGGGGCACCCCGUUAAUUAAGUUUCCAGCUUCAAGCGCUAAAGUUUAUUCAUAAAUUCAAAAAAUAAAAUAUAUAAGUUCAGGAUCCUUUUGUUAACUUCAGGUUCCAUUCUAAAUCUUUCCAGAAGCGGAAUCCGACACAAAAAUGCGUUUCUCUAUUUUUCUGGCCACUCUGCUGGCCCUUCAACUAUCAACGCCCACGAAUUCGAAAUGGUAUCACCACCUGGACAAGAAUAUGGAUACGGUUUUACUUGAGGAGGCCAUAUUGGAGGGGAUGGACAUGAGCGUUGAUGAGAUUGUGGAAAAUGCUAGUCAAAUAGAUGUCCCUCAAGAACAAGGGGCUCCCUCAACAAAGGAGACCAAUGCCAAGCUGUGGUUAACCAAAGCAGGAGCUUGUAUUGAUGGCAUGGAGCAGAGGAACACAGAAAUGCAAAGUUACUUUGCGUUCGCUGAAAAUCAAGAAGAAAACACUCCAAUCAUGGCCAAGUUCAAAGAUAUCCAGGAUAUCAUGAAUGACAUCUCAAGGCGCUACAAGUGGUUGCAGAUUUAUGGGGAUUCCGAGAACUUUGAAAAUUUGACACUGAUCAAAUUCGCCGAGGAUAGUCUCUCGGCGAUCCAACAGAUAGACACGAUGCAUAUAACGCUCUUUGGAAGGGAGGACAGAGACCAUGUGACGCCCAACAACCUGCUGUUUCAACUGCAAACCACACUAAAGGGCUCCACCAACUACAUCUGCAAGUCCCAGCAGUCCACCCAGCAGUUUUUUUACCUGCUAUUCCAGGACAUUGCUCUCACUGAACUGAAGGCCCAGGCCACCAUAGAGUUCUCCUGGCUGCUGCUCAAGCAGUUCGAACAGGGGGAAUUCACCGAGGAGAAGAGAGUGAUACGAGAGGGCCUGAAGCGGAGGACAAGCCGUACUCUUAAGCUGUUUAAGGACGUGAUUAGCACAGCAGAUCGCACAGUUUGGCGUUGCGAUCCGACGCACCACACACCGGGAAUCACCUACGAGGAGGUCACCCGUCUCCUGCAGGGCUACAUCGAGAAUGAGGUGGAUCUCCACCCGACGAGUCAAUGCUGGAGUACUUGUGAAGACUACUCCAGCGCCUCUAGUCAGGGCUGCUACUACCCCACAGAGUUCUGUGGCAAGCAGCCCAGGUGCUCUGGCCAUGUACUAGGCUGCCAGUUUGUGGAGUCCCACAUGCAGAUAUGCCAGGCGCCUUGGUACUCCAACAGGCGGUACGAGUUUAUUCACUACCAGAGUGGACAUAGGCUGGGCCAGGAGGGUAGUUGUGGCAGGAGCUUGAGCCAAACCUAUAGCUGGUAUACAUGGUUUUUAUAUCACUGCAGCUACUGCAUGUGCCUGUGCGACGAGCAGGGCCCCAAGUCGGAUCGCUUCUUCAACCUGCGACCCGUGACAGCCGAUGUGGAGCGCAACAGAGUCGUGACUGGCCUUCGCUUCGUAAAGCACAAUCGUAUCCUGCACUUGCAGAUCCAGGAGGGCGAGCUCCUGCCCAAGGGAGUCAUCAACCAGACCACUCUCCAGUGGAAGCCCUUGGAGGAGUACAGCAUCACCGAUAGGGAUGUGCGAGAAGGUAUAGAUUACCACAUGCUGACCCACGAGAGGAGAUCCAUUGAUCUGGAUGAGUUGGAACCCAUAACCAACGACUUCCUCGUUACCGGGCUAAGGUUUGCCAACAUCGAAGGUGAUCUGCACCUGGAGGCUCACUACAGCCCAUUCCAGUUCGAAAGCGGCAAACUUGAUCUGUCGACGGAUAUGAGUUAUUGGCAAAAUGGGGCCAUUGAAACCUUGAGGGAGGAAUUACCAUUGGAGAACACCCACGUGCCCACCUUAUCCACCUCUUCGAUACCUUUCUCAAGCAGCAACCAGUACAUCGAUUUCACCCACACGGGCUUUGAGCAGGAUGCCGCCCAGACCACUGUGCCGUUUAUUGACAUCCAGGAAGUGGUCUCAAAUCCGCCAGUGCCGCUGUCUGGCAUUGGCAUCUAUUACAAGGGUCGCCAAGGUUAUGGGGGCUUCCUAGGACCUAAAAUUAUUAACCUUGACUUUGCUCGUUACCUAAAAGUGAAAAUACCUAUCUUUGUGGCCUUGCUGCUGGCCAUGCAUACGAAUGCAGAUGUUGUGAAAGUAAUAAAAAAAUCUGUCAGUGAUGCUGCCAUUAAAUUGGCACAAGAGGAAAAGAUAAUAGAUUACGUGCCCGACGAGAAUAUUCCGAUUUUUCAGGAAACCAAGUCAAUGGUUGAACCUAGGUUGAUGGAAAUCCGAAGCCGUAUAGAAGAGUUGGACCAGACUAUGAGAAAUCAGCAUCAUCACUUUGCGGACUUUAUAAUUGAAUCGAUCGCAGACUAUAUAGAAAAGAACAGCCUAAUAAUGGCUAACAUGCAGAAUAUUCAGAAUAUCAUAAACAGGAUCUCUUUGCGCUACCAGAGGAUGCAGACAUAUAAAACAAGGAUGCCAUUUGAAAAGACGUCCCUAUCCAACUUUGCUCAGGAAACCCUGUCGAUAAUCGAGGACAGUCUUGAUGAACUUCACCUCACCCUUCUUGGAGACGAGGACAAACCCCAUUUUACGUCCAACAAUCUUUUGAUACAGCUUGACACCAGACUAAAGGUUUCCCCCAGUCACAUGUGCCGAACGCGACAGUCCGCCCAGCAGUUCUUUUACCUGCUGCAGGAGGACAUCGCACUCGCCGAGCUCAAGGCCCUUGCCUUGGCUGAGUUCUCCUGGUCGUUGCUUAAAGAGGAGGGCCAAUUCACCAAGGAGAGAACAAUCCUCCAAGAGGGAUUCCAGCGCAGGACAAACCGCACUCUGAGGAUGUUCAAGGAGGUGAUGAGCAGACAAGAUCGCACAGUUUGGCGAUGCGAUCCGGCACACCACACACCGGGAGUCACCUACGAGGAGGUCACCCGCCUCCUGCAGGGCUACAUCGAGAACGAGGUGGAUCUGAACGCAGAUGGGAGAUGUCGAUAUGACUGCGCCCGCUACAAUUAUGCCUCCAACCACGGAUGCUACGAUAAUGAGUUCUGCUCCAAGCAGCCGGCGUGCUCAGGGCGCGUCCAUAACUGCAAGUUUGUGGAAUCUAAGAUGGAGGUGUGCCUGGCAGACAAGAGCUCCAGCAGGCGAUACGACUACGUCCAUUAUGAAAGCGGACAUCGGUUCGGGCAGUGGGGCCAGUGCGACAGGCGCACAGACGAGGCAAAAAGCUGGCGUCGGUGGAUUUUUUGGCAAUGCAGCUACUGCAUGUGCCUGUGCGAUGAGCAGGGCCCCAAGUCGGAUCGCUUCUUCAACCUGAGACCCGUAACAGCGGAUGUGGAGCACAACAGAGUCGUGACUGGCCUUCGCUUCGUAAAGCACAAUCGGAUCUUGCACCUGCAGAUCCAGGAGGGCGAGCUCCUGCCCAAGGGAGUCAUCAACCAGACCACUCUCCAGUGGAAGCCCGUGGAGGAGUACAGCAUUACCGAUAGGGAUGUGCGACAGGGUGUAGAUUACCACAUGCUGACCUACCACCGACGGUCAAUCGAUCUGAACGAGCUGGAACCACAAAGCAAUAACUCCCUUAUCACCGGGCUUAGGUUUCAAGACGUCGGAGGUCGCCUACAUCUGGUGGCUCAGUACAGCGAGUUCGAGUUCCAGAGCGGCAAACUUAUUGAUCCAAAUGAGCAGAGCUAUUGGGGGACGGGAGACAGUGCUCAGGGAAGCGAAAAACUGACCUUAGGAGAGACCCAUGUGCCCACUAUUACUACUUCUUCGCUGCCUUACCCAAAGAGCUACCAAUACCUCGAUUUCACCCACACGGGCUUCGAGCAGGAUGCCGCCCAAACCACGGUGCCCUUUAUAGACAUCCAGGAAGUGGUCUCCAGUCCACCGGUUCCGCUGUCCGGCAUUGGCAUCUACUACAAGGGCCGUGAAGGAUAUGGAGGCUUCAUUGGACCCAAGAUUAUCAACUUGGACUUUAGUCCGUACCUACAAUGAGCGUACCUACAAUGAUCCCGGAUGAGAAGGAAUAUAAAUUGGAAAACAGGAACGAAAUAUUCGUCCUUCAACAGGGAUAUAUUUUUGCUUGGCUUUGAUCUUGAUAGUUAUUCUUAAAUUUUUCUAUUUUGAUUGUACAUAUGCCACGCGAGCAAAAAAAUUCACAAUGAGCAAUCAGUUCCUUUUUUAUUGAGACAAUAAUCAUAAAAAUAAAGUGGCAAAUAUAAACAUUUAUUUGCAUUAAUUAAGAAAAUAUAAAUAAAAUGUCAUUUAAGGAAAUCAUAUAAUUUCUAUCGCUUAGUUCCUUUAUAUUUUUAUAGUUUUAAUUAUUUCAGUCAGAACUAAACACUAAUAUAUAUUUCUAACCAUCAUCAAAAGACAACUCAAUCUAGACAUGUUUGGCAGAACAAA